AUGCAAACCACACUUCUGCUACUCUCCAAAGUCCAAACCAGGAGGGGUAGGCCUAUUUCUCUUCGUGUUCUGCAGAACGUACAAACCCUGUAGCCAACCCCUUUCCCUCUCUCGACGUUCCCCACCCUCCAAACUAGGGAGGCAUAACUGAAUUUCAUAGUCUGAAUUCUUUUUUUUCCUUCUCUUUCUCAAGAACAUCUGCUUGAACAUUGAGAAAAACUGUUCGUUCAACCUCUAGCUAGCUUGAUCAUUGUGGGUACCUGGUUUGCAUUUUAUGCCGUCUACCCCCAUUUGCAUUGCUUGCAAUUUUCAGUUCGAUAGACGGUAGUUUAUAAAGACUGGUCUUUGCUCAAGAGAUGUGGGUGUUUCUUGUUUGGUUGAAUUCUGUGGGUGAAAGAUUUGAUUUUUGAAAAAUGCCCGAGACUCUUCCAUCUUUUGGGGAGUUCGGGUUUUGGGUAAUGAGUCUUAGGUUAUGGUCAUCAUGAACUUGAUUUGGACUGUUAAACAAUUUCCUCCUCUGCAAGUGCAGUGUGGUAGCAAUGAUUUUCAAUCUCAAAAUUGCAGGAAAGAUUGUUCAGAAAAUGAAGGAGAGUGGAUGCAAGCCCACAACUACUACUUUAAAUAUCCUUUUUAAAGGGUAUGCAAAAGUUGGUGAGGCUGUAGAAUCUGCAAAGCUACUAGAGUUAAUGUCAAAGAAGGAAAACAUUCAGCCAAAUGACAGGACGUACAAUCAUCUGGUUAGAGCCUGGUGUAACAGAAAGAAUAUAAAAGAAGCAUGGAAUGUGGUGCAUAAAAUGGUGGCGUCUGGUAUCUAUCCUGAUGUUAUCACAAACAACACAAUAGCAAGAGCAUAUGCUGAGGCUGGGGAGACAUAUAAGGCAGAACAAAUGAUAUUUGAGAUGCAAAACAACAAAGUGGCACCCGAUGAGCGUACUUGUGGAACCAUUGUGAGUGGAUAUUCUAAAGAAGGUAAUGUGGCAGAUGCCUUGAGGUUUGUCUAGAGGAUGAAGGAGCUCAGGGUUCAGCCAGAUCAUGUUGUUUUCACCUCUCUAAUCAAAGGGUUUCUAGAUGUUUCAGAUAGUGAUGGAGUUGAUGAGGUAAGUUUUAUCCCAUGAUGCUCAUUUUCUUGAAAAUUCUGUCUUUUUCUUUUGAAUUAUUAUAAUACCAAAUGUUCAAAGGGCUACAUGCUAAAACCAUGAAUUGGGUAUUAAUCAAUAUGCUAAAUGAAAAGGAUCUCUUGUU